AUGAAUAAACUGUUAGAAGCGAGUUUGAACGGUAUGGAAGAGGCCAUCGUACCAAAGCACACCAAGAAAACAAGCGAAGAGGAGACAACGUUCGUUAGACUGGAGAAGAAGAAGGAUAAUGAGGAGAGCGGAGAAGAAGAGGGAGAGGAGGAAGAGGAAGAGGAUGCACCAAAACAGGAGGCGCCGAUGAAACCUGAGACACCAGAAGACGAACCCGAGCCCGAUUGGAGCUACUACAGACACCAGUGGGGGCCGCAACACCGAGAUUGGAGUUACUAUCCACCAUCACCACCACCAGGGUACGGACGGCCUUACGGAUACCCGCAUUAUUAUAAUGGGGGAGAUCAGAGACCUCCUUACUAUGAAAGACGUCACUGGCACUGGAAUUAA